AUUAACGUGUAUAUUUAAAGUUUUUCUGUAGAGGUACAUGACGAUCUAGUUUAAGGAAUAAUUAAAUAGCAGGUUAAAAUUUGGCUAUACCUGAUUUAUUAAAUCGUUUGUUCAGUUAUAACUAUACACAUACAACUGUUUGUUUGGAGCAAAGCAUUGUUGACACAAAGAGCGAAAAUUGGUGGAUAUUAAUAAUUUGCGGAGGUGUUUUCUCGUUUCAAAAAGUUUGCUAACUUUUAAUGGACACUGGUAACUUAGAAAUUUAUUAAACACCAACAGACAAUCAAAAGAUUAUAAAUGAACACAACGCUAUUUUUAAAGGAUCAAUGGAUGUGAGAUUUACUUCAAGAUAACUGGACUUAAAAAUAGACGAGUGUUUUAUAAAAAGGAUCCACUACAUGAUAAAUCCGAGUCAACUUUAUUACUUAAAUAAAUAGCUGCUAAAAAAACAAUGACAAAGUUUGAAUCACACUUUUCUGGGAUAUUAUGUGAACAUGGGAUUAAUUGAAAGUUUGAUGGAAUAUCACCAUGGUGGACCCUGUCAUUGGGUUCACAGUUGUUACUUUUUGCUCACUGAUACAUGAAAUAAAAGGUUCCAAUAGUACGAUUACGGCAACUUACACUGAAACGUACCCCAAAAUAGUCAUAACUAUCUGUAUAGCAUUGUUUGGUGUAAUUCUUGCAGUUAUUAUAGCAAAGGUAGCUAAUGUCUGCCAUGAUAGAGCUGUUAUUCAGGAUGAUGCCAGCGACAUUAGUGAUAACACGAAAAAUAUCAUCAGAGCUAGACUGUCGCUUAUAGCAUUACAAAGGAAGGCCAGAAACGUAGGAAUAGGCACGAAAUUUUUCCGACUGUGGUCAAGAAAAGCAAAUGAUACAUUGACAGGAAAUGAAAAUGACAAGACUUCAAGUACUGUUAUUACUGUAGAAGAAGCGAAAUCAAAGACCAAAGAAAAGGAUAAAAAUGCAUUGUCUAGUAAAUUGACUGUCCUGCUAUCAAACAAAAUUAAACAAGAACCAGAGAACGGAUCAAAAACUAAGGAAAGCAAUAUUCAAUCAAGUGUAAAUAGUAAAGCAUCCACUUCUACAAACAAUAGUUCUCCUUCUCCAAAAUUAAAACCCAAAUUACCCAUAGCCAGACCGCCGUCUGGUAAAAAACAAGAAACUUUUAUAGGACCUAAUGUUUCUAGAUCGAAUUCUUUAACUGACUCUAGACCCGAUUCUAGAGCGGACUUUGGUACUAAAGUUUCUCCUGGUAAACCACGUGAUGUUACGUCAGCAACAGGUGUUUCUAUUAGUGUUUCUAUAAAUGGAAAUAAUGGCAAUAAUAAGACAAAGAAGAGUGUUACAUUUCAAGAGUUUGUAGAAGUUAACGGGGACCAUUCUUCUAGUACAAAGGCUGCAGAAAUUAGUAAUUCAAAUAAAUCUAAUUUGAAAAAGACAUGAAAUUGACAAGAUGUCUUUUCAUUUAAUCUAAAUAGUGGAUGUCCAUCACAAGGCAUAAUGCUGUUUAAGAUUCGACAGUCAAUGCAGGGUCGUAUUUUGUUUGACGAAGGACAUAUUGUACCAGUCCAUUGUACUUGCUAUAAUUUUACAGUGUAACAGUACAUUGAACUUUCUGUAACUUGCAGUAUAUGAGUCAGUUUAAACUUUACUCAAGUAAACAUUAGACUUAAUCAAAAGUGCUUUAUAAUUAAUGAUGUACAGGUGUGUUUGAUCGAAAGUUUCUUUUCAAAACAGAUAUUUGUGCAAAUACUUAUAUGUUAUAAAUGCAAUUUCAAUGGUACUACAAUAUUUAUAACAUAUCAAAAGAAUCUAAAGACAAGUAUACAAAAGUAGAUGUCUGAGUCACGGAUUUUUAACCGCGACAAUAAAUAGGUGAAUUUAAAAUAUGUUUCCUUAUUGUAAACAUAUAACUAUAUUACAAUUGGAAAAAACAGGUUCCUCAUUCGAAAUUUUACUCUCUAUUUAUAGACAAAACGUCAGUAAAGAUUUAAUGAAUUUGGCAUGUCCUGUAUUUUUAACUGAUCAAACAAAACGUUUGGAUCUUUUGGACAAAAAUAUACUCCUGUUUAAUUUAUUUAUUUGUAUGUACAUGUAUUAGAAAAAUGCAUGUUUUUUGUAUCCAUCGCUUUUACAACUUUAUUCUUUUAUACCUAAAUAUUUUGAAACCCAUGGAAAGUUUCAAAAUAUUGUCUUAAUUAAUAAAAUUGAGAAAGGAAAUGGCGAAUGUGUCAAAGCGACAACAACCCGACCAUAGAGCAGACAACAGCCGAACCCACCAAUGGGUCUUCAAUGUAGCGAGAUUUCCCGCACCCGUAGGUGUCCUUCAGCUGGCCCCUAAAAAUAUAUUUGAUAUUAUAAAAGUAAACUGAUUCAUCAGGUUUUUUUAAAAGAGCAGCACAUGAUGUGUAGCAAAACUGAGUACCAGUAACUUGAUUUAUUAUAUGAAUGAUUCUAUAUUUGCUGCUGAUGAUAUUUUUUUCUCAUAGCCUGCCUGGUUGCAGGAUAUUAAAUUAAUCAAAGUAAUACAGUUAAACCAUAAACAUACGGGUACCUCAUUAACUGGAUUUUCGUAUCGUAUAUAGUGUGCCGUUUUAGGCAUGAAGAAUCAACAUCGAAAUCACAGCCGGAAAAAUAAAUAUUAAAAAGGACGAUAUAUAUUAUACACGAUCAUAUUAGCCUUUCGUAUAUUAUAUUGUCUAUACGAAACAAAUUUCCUCUAUUCUAACAAGGAGCACAUUUCCAGUGACUGUUUAAAUGUGCCCUCUCUUCAUCCCGGUUAGUCCGUUUGCAAAACCUAUUGUACAAAAAUAUUGAUAAAUUUACCUGAAAAACACAACCUUCUUAUUAUGUCAAUGUCCAUUCCCCCCGAGUGGUUAGUAAUAUAAAAAAGGCUACAAAAAUAACAUUUUAUAAUUUAUGAAUUGGAAAUAUACGUUUAUUGUCAUAAAAAGUGAAUAUAUGCAAGGACAUUUAUUUUUACAGUUUGCCUUUUACAUGUUCCAGUGACUGUUUAAAUGUGCCCUCUCUUCAUCCCGGUUAGUCCGUUUGCAAAACCUAUUGUACAAAAAUAUUGAUAAAUUUACCUGAAAAACACAACCUUCUUAUUAUGUCAAUGUCCAUUCCCCCCGAGUGGUUAGUAAUAUAAAAAAGGCUACAAAAAUAACAUUUUAUAAUUUAUGAAUUGGAAAUAUACGUUUAUUGUCAUAAAAAGUGAAUAUAUGCAAGGACAUUUAUUUUUACAGUUUGCCUUUUACAUGUACAAGCAUUUUUAUAAAAGUUUAUGAAAAACUGAACAAGUAGCAGUAUUUUGUUGAUUUUUUUAUAUUUAAAUUUUUAUGGCAGUUGAUUUGCCUGAUCAAAGCUGUGAUAUCGCAUUUGAUAUUUAUUUUUGUUAUAUGUAUCAUAUUGCACUGUAUUGAUUUUUAUAUUUUUAUUGUCUUUCAUAUGUACUUGUAUUUGUUAUGAAUGAAGUAAUUUCUAAGUUUAAAAAUACAAUGUCAAAGCAG